GCCAUGGCGGGCGCGGCCGUGCUGCGCGUGCGGCGGAAGCGCGGCGGCCCGGAGCCGGCCGAGGCGCUGCUCCUCGCCUGCAAGCGGCGCCGGGCCGAGCCCGUGGGGACCGACCUCUUCAAGCUGGUGGCCACCGUGUCCUCCAAGAACGAAUCAGUUCAGAAGUAUGUUAAAGAUGCCAUCUCACGAGACAAGGCAGCUCAAAGCCUGCACCCCUCUUUGGGAAGCGCUCAGCGAAUCCUUCAGGAGCUCCGUUCCGCCAAGCAGGCAAAAAGGAAGGAGAACCGGUACCGAGUGGUGUCCGGCCACCGGCCCGACUGCCCUGACACGGCUGCGCCUGCCACGCACAGCAAGGCUGCGCCCCACGGGGACAGGUCAGAGUCUGAAACACAGCAAGAUGCUUCACCAGAGGAGAGUGGUGCUGUCAAUACGAGUUCAGAAUGCUGUGGGAAAUUCCAGCUGUUUGAUAUUGUACAAGAAGAGGAGACAGUAGGAGAUUCCAGCGUAACCACUGCAAACCCACAGAAGACUGAUCCAGAUGCAAUUCUCUGCAAUGCAGUAGAGAUGAUCCGUGAGCGUUUAAAUGUUUCUGAAGAUGGUAAAAAAGAACAUGGUGACAAAGAUGAUGAGUAUGUUUAUGACAUCUACUAUAAGGAAACAUCAGCCCCUGAUUGGAUUGAAAAUAUCCUUUCUGUACAGCCCUAUAGAGAAGAAUAUGAAUGGGUGAAUGAUGAUCCUGGUCCAGAGGAAGUAUAUGAAGAUGAAGAUGAUGAAAAUGAUGAAAGUAACUGGCGUAAUGAUUAUCCUGAAGAAGAUGAGUUCUUACCUGAGGAAGAUAGAGAAAAAGACUCUGAAGAGAGCUUCAGUGAUGAGGACCAAUGUUACAGGAGAAGAACAUGGGAUAAAUAUCGACAGGAGGUUCUGCAGGAAUUUGGAUAUGAUGAGAUUGAAGAUUUGGGUUCUGACUAACAACCUGGUUUUGGACAUUAAAUGUGUACUAAAGGUGAACAGCUGCUGCUGUAGGAGAAUGUACUAUCCAAGCAGCCAACUUCAGCUGGUGGAUUUUAAACAGAUGGGCGUGUCUGUGGCCCCUUGACAACACAAAUUUUUUUUCCAAGCACAGGAUGCUCUAGGCUUUUAAAUAGAAUUUUCCACUCAUUGCAUGUGUUGAGAUUGUAAAGGGACCUUUUAUUUAUUUUUGUUUUCCCAAAGCUGUAUGCCUAAGAGUUUGUACCUGUAACAAAUACACAGAUAUGGAGGUACUGUUGGCAGCAGCCCUUCUGGUCAUGACUAAUAAGUCAGGUUUCACAAGAAGAUUGAUGUGUCUACCCUGAUGGCAAGUGGAAGUCCUGGAAAAAGGUACCCUGUCCUACUGCUUUCUACUUCAUUUGUUCUGAAGUGUCAAGUGACUUUCUUCACAAGUGUUUUGAGCAUAUGAAAUGCCUUGACCUGUCCAUUACUCUCCCCAGUAGUUUUACUGUUGAAGUAGAACAAUGUGCAUUUAAAUUGUAAAUAAAUUAUUUUUGACCAAGUU